GUGAGCUUACGAAGCCCAACAAUGUUCACACAACUUAGAAAACUCUUCCUCCUCCCAUUUUUAUAUAAAUAGAGUGUUACUUCCACAUUGAGAUCACCCCAUAUCAGAGCUAAGGCAUUCUCUCAUUCAGUAAUCAAACAAGUCUAAGAAAGGAGGAGGAGGAAGAAUGGAAGGAAGAAGCAUUUCAGUGAUGAUAAUGGUGAUGAUGAUGAUGGUGGUGGUGAUGAUAGUGGGAGCAGGAGCCGCAGGAGGAGAUGAGUGUGGGAGAGCAAUCCAGGCGAUAUCACCAUGCUUGACCUAUCUUAUCAAUGGGGAUCCGGUGCCUGAAAAGAACAGCCCUUGUUGCAGAGGUGUCACCGACUUAUAUGCGCACGCCACUUCCACUCCCCUUAUACAGAGAGUGUGCAAUUGUAUCAAGACCGCGGCCGCUAGAUCUGAUCUCAAUGAUCAAGCUCUCCAAAAUCUCGCUCCUUCAUGUGGUCUUCACCUUAACUUCACGAUUUCCGGGGACAUUGAUUGUUCAACGAUCCAUGUUUAAACCACUUCUUCUUCAGUUAGCUGGCUUCUCUAUGUUCUUAUUGCACUAUGCAAUGACAGUGACUGCUUGUGAAACUCUUUAUGUUCUCGCUCUCAUUCUCUCACUGAAUAAACUUGGGAGGUCUUGAUCAAUAAUAAAAGCCCUUAAAGAGGGCGUUUUUAAAAAUUUUAAAUGAA